AUGGUGCCUCUCACGCCGAAGCCCUUUUUGAGCAGUAUAACUGGCAAGAAAGUAAUCGUAAAACUUAAAUGGGGCAUGGAGUACAAAGGAUAUUUGGUCGCUGUGGAUCGCUAUAUGAAUCUUCAGCUCCAUAGUACCGAUGAGUAUAUCGACAACUGCUUUACCGGAAGCCUGGGAGAAGUGUUGAUUCGCUGUAACAACGUUCUCUACAUCAGAGAAUGCGAAGACGAUUCAAAAACCGAUAUGGAAUCAAGUGCUAGGGUGGGAUUCUCGGUGGAACAUCGGCGGCUGCUUCAGACUCCAACUAGCUUUACUACAGUAGCCAUUAGGAGUGAGGUUCCGCGUAUAUCAGCAUAG